GGGUGAGCCCCGACUGACCAAUCGCGCAGCUCGGCGGGAGAGACCGCCAACGCGAGCGCUCUGCAAGUGGGCGGAUCUCGCGAGAGCGGCGCGGGGCUCGGCCGGGUGCUAUAGAAACGGCGUGAGGCGGUAGCGGUGGGUGGCACUGAUGCAUCUAUGACACUAGGAACCGAUUCUCUGCCCUCUCUCACUGUGGUUGGAGCCUUUUUUUGAGGAAUCCUAGCAGGAAGAUGAGUGCCUUCAGCUUGCAGGAUGAUGAAGAUACCUUUAAGAUACUGAUUGCUACUGAUAUUCAUCUUGGCUAUUUGGAGAAGGACCCAGUGCGUGGAAAUGACACAUUUGUAACUUUUAAUGAAAUUUUGGAGCAUGCUCAAAAAAAUGAAGUGGACUUUGUUUUAUUAGGUGGGGACCUCUUUCAUGACAACAAACCUUCCAGAAAAACGAUACAUACUUGUUUAGAGUCACUAAGAAAAUACUGCAUGGGUGAUCGUCCCGUUCACUUUGAAAUUCUGAGUGAUCAGGCAGUUAAUUUUCAGUUCAGCAAGUUUCCAUGGGUGAACUAUCAGGAUGGAAACCUCAACAUUUCUAUGCCAAUUUUUAGUAUUCAUGGCAAUCAUGAUGAUCCCACAGGGACAGAUGCACUGUGUGCACUGGAUAUUUUAAGCUGUGCAGGAUUGCUGAAUCAUUUUGGACGUUCAACUUCCGUGGAGAAAAUAGAUAUUAGCCCCAUUUUAUUACGGAAGGGUAGAACAAAAAUUGCUCUGUAUGGCUUAGGAUCCAUUCCAGAUGAGAGAUUGUAUCGUAUGUUUGUCAAUAAACAAGUAACCAUGCUGAGACCAAAGGAAGAUGAAGACAGUUGGUUUAACUUGUUUGUGAUUCAUCAGAAUAGAAGCAAACAUGGAGCCACAAACUACAUUCCAGAGCAGUUUUUAGAUGACUUUAUUAAUCUUGUUGUGUGGGGUCAUGAACACGAGUGUAAAAUAACUCCAGCCCAAAAUGAACAGCAACAUUUCUACGUUACUCAGCCAGGAAGUUCAGUGGUGACGUCUCUGUCCCCAGGAGAAGCUGUGAAGAAACACGUUGGUUUGCUGCACGUUAAAGGGAAAAAAAUGAAAAUGCAGAAGAUUGCUCUAGAGACUGUGCGAACUUUCUAUAUGGAAGAUGUUGUCCUAGCUGAUCACCCAGAACUUUUCAAUCCUGACAAUCCUAAAGUAACUCAGGCAGUACAAGCAUUCUGCAUGGAAAAGGUUGAGAUGAUGCUGGAUAAUGCAGAAAGAGAACGCCUUGGAAAUCCACGCCAGCCAGAGAAGCCUCUCAUUAGACUACGAGUUGAUUACACGGGUGGCUUUGAGCCAUUCAUCAUCCAUCGUUUCAGCCAGAAGUACAUGGAUAGGGUGGCCAACCCAAAGGACAUAAUACAUUUUUUCAGGCAUCGUGAACAAAAAGAGAAGAACGACAAUGACCUUAAUUUUGGAAAGCUGUUUAGCAGACCUACAGAGGUGACACUGAGAGUGGAAGACCUUGUAAAGCAAUAUUUUCAGACAGCAGAGAAGAAGGUACAACUUUCACUUCUAACUGAAAGAGGAAUGGGAGAAGCAGUGCAGGAAUUUGUGGACAAAGAAGAAAAGGAUGCCAUAGAGGAACUGGUGAAAUUUCAGCUAGAGAAAACACAAAGGUUUCUUAAGGAGCGUCACAUUGAUGCAGAGGAGGAAAAAAUAGAUGAGGAGGUGCGAAAAUUUAGGGAGAGUAGAAGAAAAAACACGGAAGAGGAGGAUGAGGAAGUUCGUGAGGCAAUGACAAGGGCUAGAGCUCACAGGUCCAAGGAUGUCGUUCUUGACUCAGCCUCCAGUGAUGAAGAACUCAUGGAUACAGAGAUGAAAGCCUCUGGUGAUUCAGAUGAUGAUAUUCCCACAACUCUGAGCCGAGGAAGGGGUAGAGGUAGGGCAAGAGGUGCAAGAGGGCAAAAUUCAGCAGCAAGAGGGUCAUCUCGAAGGGGAAGAGGAAACACUAGCCAAGGGUCAUCUACUAGCAGCAGAACAUACAAGUCUGUGCCUGACAAGAAUUUAUCUAUCAUGGAUGCCUUUAAGUCUUUGAAACAAGAGCCUUCCCAGAAUGCAUCCAAAUUUUUCUCUGAGGAUAUCAUGGAUGAUGAGUUGGAUCUAGAAGAGGCUCCUAUUAGGCUUUCUUCCAAAGCAAACCAAAGGUUCUCAGCUGCAUCUUCAUUUAGUAAAAGAGGUUCACAAAGCCAAAUGUCUAGAGGAGUUGAUUUUGAGUCAGAUGAGGAUGACCCGUUCAAAAACACUGCAACAUCACGAAGAAAUAAAUGAUCUCUGCCUCACUACACAGAAGAGACUGUGAAGUAACUGGAAAGUAGUUUGCGAGGCGUACUCUGCGUGACGUUUCUCUGUACAUGACGGUUUGCCUUCAGCCUUCACUUCUGUGAAAUGUUUUGAGUGGCACCAAGUUUAGUAUCCGUUGGGUGUUACGUUAACGGGUGCGUUAGACUAGAGCGUCUCAUAUUCUGAAGUACUGCCUGGAACUAAAUUCUUUCUGAAACUUCUAAAAGCUUGUCUUCUCUCUGGGAAGAUAACAUAACAUAAUCUUACCUUUUGUAGAAAACUCCAUCUCUUGGACUUCACUUCUUUUUUUUUUUGCGGGGAAGUAUGAAUCUGUAGGAGUCUGUAAGUAUAGAUACGAGCGCACACUUGGCCAGCGAGACAAAACUUGCAUUUGUUUUCAGUUUUCUACAGUUACAGUUGAAAAUUCUAAAGAGUACUAAUUUAAUCCAAAGAUGCAGUUUUCAGUAGUAAAGCUGGAAAAUGUUCUAAUACUUUCAACUUAAUAGGAGAAUUAAACCCACUGUUGUACUGUUACUAAAUAUCAUAGCACACAGCAAUGACUUUGUAAUUCAAGAACUCAGAUAGAACUGAGUUGUCAGUGCUUGCCUUGUUAGUAAGCUUUAAGAGCUAGAACCUUACAGCCUCAUGAGGAAUGCUGAUUGAAGAAUAAAGCAAUGAGCUAGUAUCAAGCAAGCUAUUGCCUCUUACUGUUUUCUUAGCUAAGAGUUUUGCAGGUGUCUGUUGCCUCAGUCUUCCUAAAAUGUUGCCACUGUUUAUCAAAAGAUUUCUUCAAAUGACAUUUUUAAACUGUGGUACUUGAUUCACAGUGGGGGAAUCACUCCUUCUGUUGAGGGAGACAAGACCCAUUUCUCCUUCCCCUUUUCCACCUCUGGGCCCCUCUGUGCAGAAAGUGGUGUUCUACAGCUACAGCCUUUAGAAUUAAUCAAGGGAAAAGCUACAAGUGUUCACCAGCUACCACCCCAGCACAUCACAGAAAUACCAAGUGCCAUGAGUAAUUGAAGCCAUGCUUUUGCAUUUCCAUGUCCUCUGUCUGAGAGACUGGGCAUUUCUGGUAUUCUGGCUCUCACUGAACACGACCGUUACUUCAUGUGCAUGUGUGCUGUAGCAGCAGAUCUAAAUCACCCUUGAGCUUCCUGAAGACUUCCAUAGAGAUGAUCAAGUGUAAGGCUCAGUAGCAAUUUGCAAAGAAAUGCAAUUGCUUAAGGUAUCAGGAAAUAAUUUGGUGUGUCUUUACUUUCAUACAGAGCUGCCAAAGCUAUUACAAUGUUACCUAUGCAAUUAAAAAAGCCUCUGUAAAUGCCUUCCAGGAUGAAGGUUUACUUUUUAAAUAAACUAUUUCUGUGUAA